AAUGACAUAUGCCACUCUUUAAUUUAACCCUUUAUUCCGAGGAUUAACCGAAUAAGGAAUUUAGAUAUAGAUACGUAGGCUAUAUACACGUUACGGCAGAAAAAAAUCAAGCGUAAGUGUCCCAUUUUAUCAAUAUUCACCAUAAGGCUAACCGUAUUUUAAUAAUAACCACAGCCUGUCUACUUAGAAUAUACAUUUUGCAGGUUAAAAAACACUUCACAUGACCUAUCUGUUUUGCAAAACAUCACAAUGCUGUGGCAAAUACCCGGACCUGGCAACCCUACACCACCACUUUCUAUUGGUUUCCCUAGUUUAACUAGACUCCCAGGUUUAGUUUCACUUUGGCCUAUUAUGGUUUGAUGUAGAUGAAAUAUGUUACAAUUUGGUACAGAGUGGGCCUAAACUAAUCCCUUGAAUUUUGCAAAGACAUUGAGAUUCACCUGAAAACAAUAAGAAGGAAAUAAAUAUAAAGUCAGUUGGAACAGAGAAGGAGGCUACUACAUCUUUUGGCUACGACUAAGGUAAGAGGCAGAGUUUAUGUUUAUGUUUAUCACACAAGAUUUAAUGACAGGUCUAUAGGCUGCCUACGAAGUCUUACCUUUCUGUGGAUUCACAAUUUUGUUCCUCUUUCUCAUCUCUAUUUUCUUGAUCAUCCUAAUCAUAAUUAUAUAAUUAAUAUAUAUAAUCUUUCUCAUCUCUAUUUUCUUGAUCAUUCUAAUCAUAUAUUACAUAAUUAAUAUAUAUUAUCUUUCUCAUCUCUAUUUUCUUGAUCAUUCUAAUCAUAUAUUACAUAAUUUUAUCUUAAGAUUUCGAGGAAAAAUUAUCCCAUCAUCUUGGGUAAACUUUUUUUUUGCUUCGCAACAUAAGUAACUCGAAAUCAUAGGAGAACAAUAAUAUUAACUCCUUGUCACUGGAAAAAAUAAAUAAAUAAAAUAAAUAAAUAAAAAACAUCCCGUGGAAUUUUAGGACCUUUAAAUAAAACUCAUUCAUGAAGAUUAUUGGAUAGUUGUUGUUUCUGAAUAUUAGGUAUUCUUGUAAUAAUCAGCACACGUCUUGUGCUUGUAUUGAAAAUUUACUGGCCCUUAUGCUCUGUGAUUUCAGGAAGCUGUACAUAAGGAAGUGCGGGCUCUGCUUUUUAGCCUUUAACUGAACAACAAAAAACACAUCGAUUGUAAUAUAGACACAAACAUAUAAAGACAAAAUGUAAUUAUUUGUAAUGAUUUGCCAACGAUUGCUAUUUCUUUCCUUCAUAUAUAUAUAUAUAAACACGACAGACAGUGCUUUUUAACUAACGCCAGCGAGAGUCGAGGCUCCUAGAUGGAGGAGUUUCCGCUUUCAGCCUUCUCAAAUUUCAGGAGAAUUUAACAGAAAAAGCGGAAUUUAACUGAAAACAAGGAACUAACUUCUCACAGAAAACUUCACCACAGCAGUGAUGAAACGUGUUUCUCGUUUCUCUGUUAAAUAACAACACAUUUUCAUUCCCUUAAUUAUAGUCUAGGCUAUUAUGUGGCCCGUCCACCGUGCACGUUCCUGUGAAUAAACAGUAUUUCUUUUUUUAAAUAAUUAAGAAUAAUAAUAAAUAUAAUUACUAAUUAUUAUUAUUGUUAUUUCUGUCACGUAUCGAGGUUGAACCAGAAGCAAGUGCAGAUAAUGACAUUUAUUGAAACAAACGUACUAUGAAACAAAGACACUAAGACAACUUGGUAUAACACUGUGACAUGACACAAAACACCGAGACAUAAACGACAAGCGUCUAAGACAACGAAAGACAAGCAAACAGUGCAGACAAGGACUAUAUAUACACACGAGUGCUCAUUAACAAAACGUGAGUCAGGUGCAGGUGGUCAUGUGACAGCUAAUGCAGUGCAGUGGCUGAUGGGAAGUGGAGUCCAGAGUUUCUUGAUACGUGACAAUUUCUUAUUAUUAUUAUGAUUAUUAGAAAAUAAUAAUCGAGGCGACGAGAGUCAUAUAGCCAAUUCAGGGAUGGAGAUUAUUAGGGGGCCAUGAUAGAUAAGGGCCAGAGAUAUAAAAUUUUGUUAUUGUUUACUUACCCUUGUCAUUCCAAACCCAAUUACUGUUACUUUUCAUCACAUAAAAUAAGAUCCCUCACUCUUUUCCACUCUUUUCCACUCUAUUACAGCUCUAUUCCAUAAAAUAACAGAAGAUAGUGAUCAUGAGCUUUAAAGGUGCACUAUAAAAGCGCCAUAAAAACUAUACUCCAAAUGGCCAUAUGAGAGAUUUGUGUCAUAUGGACUGCUUUUCUGUAUAGCUGUGUAAACAUUCUUCAAAAUUCUCCUUUUGUGUCACAUUGAAAACAGCAUACAAGUUUGGAACAACUUGACGCUUGCCCUGAUGAGUGGAGACCUCUCUUCUUCUGGAGUUUCAGCCAAAAUUCACUGAACCUGUGAGCUGACAUCUUGGCUUGGUGGAUUUUCUCCCUUUAGUUGGGCAAUGCAAGUAUGGGCAGCCAAACAUCCAGGCCAUCUGAUCAGCAACCUUUAUUAGAUCAUACAGAUGAAGUACCACUCAUUGAGAAGAUCUCAGUUGUGGUUAUGGGACCUCAUGGAGUUGGAAAGAAUACAGUUGGGAAUGCUAUUCUUAAAAAGAAAGCCUUCACAUUCCAGGAUAGAUCUAAAAACUAUUACUUGAAGGAGGAAAACACAACAUUUGACAGACAUGUUUCUGUCAUUCGUGUCCCAGGCUGGUCUGCAGAUUUAACCUCUGAAAACAAUAUACAACUUUGGCAAGUGAUUAAAGACAGUCUGAGGUCAGUUGAUGAUGGACCCCAUGCUAUUAUACUGGUUGUUAAUAUGAACACUGAAACUGCAGAGACCACAAAAGAGAAAUUAAAACAACUCCUGGGUGAUAAUGUUUUCCAGCAUAUUUUAAUCGCUUCAGUGGACAGAAAAAACAUUGUGGUUUGUCACAGUGAAAGAAAACAAACUGUCAUUAACAGAUGUAAAUAUCACUUAUUUGUAAGAUGCACAUGUGGACAGCAAAAUAAAAAGUUAAUUGAAACAAUUGAAGAUUUUAUUGUAUAUAAGGAAGACAUUCGUUUCUACACUGUGAGGAAAAAGGCACAAAAAAUGGAAUUGCAGCAUCAGGACCUGGCUAACCUUGUAGAUGGAUUAAACCACAAAAUUUCAGCUCUCUCAUGUUCCAAGGAUUCCAAUGAGCAUGUAAUACAAUCACAAAAAGCUGAAGUAAAGGAACUACAACGUCUGCUGAAAGAAAAGGAGCAUAUGUUGAGAGCCAAGGAGGAGGAGAUAAAAAGUUUAAAGUCAAAUCAAAAUCACACAAAGCUCUCUGCCCUGCACAAACAGCUUGAGCAUGCAGCAAAGAAAGAAAAAAAGCUUCAAGGAAUGGUUGGUGAAAUGAAAAAAAAUCUUGAAGAAAAAAAUAAAGAGAUAAAAGAACUGAGAAAAGAAAUUGAAGCAUUGAAAUCUCAAAAUGAAAAUAAAAAAAGCACAAAACCACCAUCCAUGACUGGACGAAUGCAGAAGCCUACUAAUUCAGUUGAAUUAAUCCCCCUGAUCUCAACAGAAACAUUGAGCAGUGAAGCACCUCAAGCCAGUGAAGUCCACAGAGCUGUGCAGUUUCUGAAGAAAAACCGCAAAGAACUCAUUGAAAGAAUUGUGGCAGUGAAGCCCAUUGCUGAUGAACUGUUUCCAUUUAUCAACCAAUAUAAAUAUGAGAAGAUUCUACAGGCUCCAUCUGAGUAUGAGCAAAGGAGACAGCUCUACGACAUAAUGGAUAAAGGUGGAAAGAAAUUGCAAUUUGAGUUUUACAAAUGCCUGUUAAAACAUGAGAAAUAUCUUGUUGAAGACUUAGAGGAGUCACCAUAAAAUACAAAGUACUGGUAAGACUAAAGAAUGUGAAGGUCCAGUUUCCAAAAUAGACAUAAUUUCUUUUCUGGGGGAAAAAAUUACACAUGAGAUGAACAACUGCCAGUCCAUCACUGGACACCUUGCAUACAUGCAUUCACAUGAAAAGGCAAUACAGUGCAGCUAAUCCGUGUACCUGCCUGUUUUUGGACAAUGGGAGGAAACCCCUGCGAAUAUGGGGAGAACAUGCCAAACUCUGCACAUACAAUAACUCAGUCAAGAUACAUUCAAGAUCAGUGUAGGGUAAAUUACUCUAAAAAGUAAUCCACUAAAGAUUACUAAUGACUACUUUAAAAUUGUAAUCUUAUUACAAUACUGAUUACUAAGUACUUUACUUUCACGUUACUUUCAAAACCUACAUACCUACAAAAAUACACUACAAAUUGAAACUCAGUUCUUUCAGCACUUUUAGCGCAUAUCAAUGUAUGACACGAUCAGAAAAAGUUGGAUUUAUCAUAAAAGUUGCCUCAGGUGUUGUCACUAUUUGUAGGAAUACCGGACCGAUAAAAUAUAAAGCUUUUCUAACUUAUCUAGUUUGGUAUUGCUAAGCUAAGCUAUCACUGUAUGGGUGUAAGCUAUCACUGUAAGCUAUAGCUAAGCUAACACGGUAUGGGUUUAGCUGCUACAGUGCUAUGAAAAGUACAUUAUCCUUCCUUAUGCUCUGCUCAUAUCAUUUUCCCGUGAACUGGAACUCAUAUAGAUAUUUACACACCUUGUUUUCCUGAUCAGCAUCAGAGGAUGCUACUGUUUCAAUUUCAACCCCUUUACUGGUUAAAAAAAUCGGCGUAUAUCCAUUUUUCCUCAGACUGACUGUAAAUUAGCACUUGGCAGAAUUGAGAGUUGUCAGCCAAUAAGACACAAUAAUUUCUAUGUAUUUUCCUGUAAACCGUGUGUGGGCCAUACCAGCAAAAGCCUUCAUCGAGCCUGUAAUCAGUCACACCAUUAAAAUUAGAUCAUGGCAGAUUUUGAAGGACUCAGACUCUUUGUCUGAACACCUAACCAGUCUGUCUAUCUCUGUGUUUGAAAAGUCACAGUAAAACGUUAUACCCCUCAAUUUCUUUGAAUUUCUACCUGGUCACCAAACUCAGUAAAUUCCUGUCAAUUUCAUAGUAACAUUAAUACAUCAUAUGCCGAAGAGAACAUUUAUUUAUUUGUUCACUUUUUCUAGCAUUUUUCUAACGCCCAAGAAAAAUAAGAAGAAUACUGUGGGAAGAGACAUAGAACUCAUGUAAUGAGGAGUUGUGGUACAGUUGGGGUUGUGGUUUGCUGAAAACAUGGCAUAUCUCAGUUAUGUGUUUUUCUGACCCUGAAAGUAAGCCCAUUUACCUUCCAUGAUAUCAUCUCAAGUGAGGAGCACUAUUAUGUCCAGCACCCCUGAAUGACAGUUUGAAUUAAUCACAAUAUAUCAUAUUUUUAAGUUGUGGAAAUUGAAAAGAAACUCAAUAAGUCUAGGUAAUGCCAUUUGAUCCAACAUUAAAUAUACAAAAGUGACACUAUGAAUUAAUUAAUAGGUUUGUCCCUUUAAAGUCCACAAAAACUACAUAGGAGGUGAUGGCAUUGGAGACAUAGCUUAUCUUAGUGACUGUAUUAUUUUUUUUUUUAUGGAUAAAACUGCAAACAAUACUUUUAUUUGUGUGUAAGCAGAUGAGUGUCUGUCCUUUAAACUGUGGUCAUGUAAACUGUAUUAAAAUUCCACAACUCAAAAUAUUGAAUAAAAAUAUGCAACAUAAUAGAAUGUGAAUAUUGCAAACCAUUUUUUGUCAUGUAUCACUCUGCGAUAUCUACAAGAAAGCUAAUAAAAUAAU